UCCCUUAUAAAAAGGCACCCACGCCCAUAAACAAGCAAAAGAAGAAAGCAAGAAAAGAAAGUCUACAACUACAACACUCCCCAGCCCCCAUAAAUCACUCUCCAAGAACACACUUCUCAGUUCUCAUACUCAAACAUGGAUCUUGAAUUCAAGAAAAGCCAUGUUCCAGCAUUUGGGAGCUGGGAUUGCAAUGAUGAUCUUCCGUUCACACAGUGCUUUGAGUCUGCAAGACAAGCUGGGCUCCUGCGGUACAGCUACUCUCAAGAUCGUGAUCUCUAUGUCACUGGUGACUUGUACCAAAAUGAUGUGGUCACUCCGGCCAUGAUUGUUGUUCCCCGCCGCAGGGCAAAAGGAGGCUACCCACAUGUGAAAGAAGGCAAAAAGGAAGGGUGGGUGGUUUGUGAGUGUGAAUAUGAGUAUGAGCAUGAUGUGAAAGAGCCACCAAGCCCUGUGCCUAAUGCUCCUCCACCAAGAAAGGCACCCAAGGCUGUGGAUGAAGAUCUCUACAAAAUCUCUCCAGACCUUCUCUAUGCCAGUUCCAAAAGGAAGAGGGGAUUUGGGUUGUUCUCUUGCUGCUUGAGGCCAUCCUGUGACUUGUGACUUGUGAGAAACCAGUGAGAACUCACAAGACUUGCUGAGAUGCAUUAUAUGCCAACAUGGAGAAGAAUGAUGACAGAGCUGAUAUAUAAUAUAAUAUAUUAUAUUAGUAGUACAUAUAUGCAGUGGAAAAUGUUGGUCUACUUUUGUGUGGCUACCUAGUAGUGAACUGUUUGACAUCAAAACAUAAUCUUGUAGUGGUAUUUUUUUAUUUAGUGAAAUAUUAUUAUUGUUAUCA